CAGAUUCAGUCGUAACAAUAAACUACUGUGUUAAGCGUGUGCCUUUUGUUUCGUAUUGGAAUACAAGUCUUAAAUUAAAGAAAAUGUCAUAACAAAAGAAACACGUCGAUUUUUCAGCAAGAUUUUGUUCUGUGAAACUUGCUGUAUUGUAAACCAGCGAAUAAUUGCAUUGCGUUGCAGUAUUUUCAAGAGUGUAUUGUUAACCACAGCAAUCGUAGCGAACAGCAAAAUGUCUAAUGAGACUAAAAUUACCGAGCUCAGCAAAUCAAGAGAAGCAAAUUGGCCUGCCGUGCUCUUCUUCAUCCACGUCCAUCUGCUGUCCGGAUACGGCCUGUGGCUUCUAUUUUAUGAAGUUCAAUGGCUGACGAUAGUACUCCUGGUAGUAUUAACUUUGGUGGCGGUAUUGGGAGUCACAGCUGGUGCACAUCGCCUUUGGGCACACCGCUCCUAUCAAGCCAGUACCGGACUACGAAUCACUCUCAUGAUCUUCCAGACACUGGCUGGUCAGGGUUCUAUUUACGAGUGGGUCGAGCAUCACCGGCUUCACCACGCGCACUUCGGAACCGAUGGCGAUCCAUACGACUACAACAAAGGGUUCCUCCAUUCGCACGUGCUCACUCGCCUGCGCCGCCUCAGCCCCUACCAGAUGCAGCUCAAAAGCCAAGUCGACAUGUCGGAUCUAGAGGAUGACCCUGUGGUCAUGGUGCAAGAUAAGUUGUAUUGGGUGUUAUACUUGAUUGUGUUCCUUCUUCUGCCGCUGAACGCCCCCCUGGAGUACUGGAACGACACCGUGCUCAGUACAGUGUUCGUGAUGGGCUUCCUGCGCUACGGGCUGAUUCUACACGCGUCCUGGCUCGUCGAGAGCGGCACCUGCGUCUGGGGCUUGAAACCGGGAGAGAAGUGUCCACCUGACUCCAACUGGGUGUUCGUGCUGUCCAAGUCGUUUUGGCCACAUUACCACUACCUAAUCCCGUAUGAUUACAAGUCUGGAGAAUACGGAACAUACGAUUCAGGUUGUACGUCAGCAUUUAUCCGUGUGUGCGCCGCCUUAGGGCUCGCCACCGACCUCAAAACGGUCGACACCGCCACUGUACAAAAAGCGUUAGCUGACGCCGCCCGGACCAAAUUACCAGUUCAGACCUGCUUGGAUCAAGCGGUAUUGGAACAAAUUCUACCUAAAGAACACUAUUUGCGCAGAGGAUGAUACUAAGUAGUUUUAUUUAAGCAUAUUAAAUAUUUUUUUGUUUCUAAAUUGACUUUUUAUUCGAAAAUCUAUACUUUGUAC